GACAGAGCGACUCAGAGCCUCUCGGACUGGACCGGACAAGCGCCCAUGGAGUCUCUCUCCAUCCCUCACCUGUUCCUGCCCCUGGUGUUGCUGACAGGUCUCUGCUCCCCCUUUAAUCUGGAUGAACACCACCCACGACUCUUCACAGGGCCACCAGAGGCCGAAUUUGGAUACAGUGUCUUACAGCAUGUUGGGGGUGGACAGCGAUGGAUGCUGGUGGGCGCCCCCUGGGAUGGGCCAUCAGGUGACCGGAGAGGGGAUGUUUAUCGUUGCUCUAUAGGGGGAUUCCACAGUGCUCCAUGUACCAAAGGCCAGCUGGGUGACUAUCAACUUGGAAAUUCCUCUCAGCCUGCUGUGAAUAUGCACCUAGGGAUGUCUCUACUAGAGACAGACGCUGAUGGGGGAUUCAUGGCCUGUGCCCCUCUUUGGUCUCGUGCCUGCGGCAGCUCUGUCUUCAGUUCUGGAAUAUGUGCCCGUGUGGAUGCUUCAUUCCGGCCCCAGGGAAGCCUGGCACCCACCGCCCAACGCUGUCCCACAUACAUGGAUGUCGUCAUUGUUUUGGAUGGCUCCAACAGUAUCUAUCCCUGGUCAGAAGUUCAGACUUUCCUUCGGAGGCUGGUAGGAAGACUGUUCAUCGAUCCGGAGCAGAUACAGGUAGGACUGGUACAGUACGGGGAGAACCCUGUGCAUGAGUGGUCCCUGGGAGACUUCCGAACAAAGGAAGAAGUUGUGAGAGCAGCGAGGAACCUCAGUCGGAGGGAAGGGCGAGAAACGAGAACCGCCCAAGCAAUCAUGGUGGCAUGCACAGAAGGGUUCAGUCAGUCCCGGGGGGGAAGACCAGAGGCCGCUAGGCUGCUGGUAGUUGUCACCGAUGGAGAGUCCCAUGAUGGAGAGGAACUUCCAGCAGCACUAAAGGCCUGUGAGGCUGGCAGAGUGACACGUUAUGGGAUUGCGGUCCUUGGUCACUAUCUCCGGCGACAGAGAGACCCCAGCUCUUUUCUUCGGGAAAUCAGAGCUAUUGCUAGUGAUCCAGAUGAGCGAUUCUUCUUCAAUGUCACCGAUGAGGCUGCACUGACAGACAUCGUGGAUGCACUGGGGGACCGGAUUUUUGGUCUUGAAGGGUCCCGUGGAGAAAAUGAAAGUUCCUUUGGGCUUGAAAUGUCUGAGAUUGGCUUCUCCAUCCACCGACUACAGGAUGGGAUUCUCUUUGGGAUGGUGGGGGCCUAUGACUGGGGGGGCUCCGUGCUAUGGCUUGAAGAAGGUCGCCACCUUUUCCCACCACGAGCUGCCCUGGAAGAUGAGUUUCCCCCUGCGUUGCAGAACCAUGCAGCCUACCUGGGUUACUCUGUUUCCUCUAUGCUUCUGCCCGGUGGACGCCGCCUCUUUCUCUCGGGGGCACCGAGGUUUAGACAUCGAGGAAAAGUUAUCGCCUUCCAGCUAAAGAAAGAUGGGGUUGUGAGGGUCGCCCAGAGCCUCCAGGGGGAUCAGAUUGGCUCAUACUUUGGCAGCGAGCUCUGCCCGUUGGAUACAGAUAAGGACGGAAUAACUAAUAUCUUACUUGUGGCGGCUCCCAUGUUCUUGGGUCCCCAGAACAAGGAGACCGGACGCGUUUAUGUGUACAUGGUGGGCCAGCAAAAUUUGCUGAUGCUCCAAGGAACCCUUCAGCCAGACCGUUCCCAGGAUUCUCGGUUUGGCUUUGCCAUGGCUGCCAUUCCUGAUCUGAACCAUGAUGGUUUCACUGAUGUAGCGGUGGGGGCACCCCUGGAGGAUGGACACCGGGGAGCGCUGUACCUGUAUCAUGGAACCCAGAGUGGAAUCAGGCCGCAUCCUACCCAGAGGAUUGCUGCUGUCUCCAUGCCACAGGCCCUCCGAUACUUCGGCCGAAGUGUGGAUGGCCACUUAGAUCUGGAUGGAGAUGAUCUUGUGGAUGUUGCCGUGGGUGCCCACGGGGCAGCCGUUCUGUUCAGCUCCCAGCCCAUCAUCCACCUGAUUCCAACCCUGGAUGUGAUGCCUCCCCACAUCAGCGUGGUUCAGAAGGACUGUAAACGACGAGGCCAGGAAGCAGCCUGUCUGACCGCAGCCCUUUGCUUCCAAGUAGUGUCUCAAACUCCUGGGCGUUGGGAUCGAAGAUUCUACAUACGAUUCUCAGCAUCACUGGAUGAGUGGACCGCUGGGGCACGUGCAGCAUUCGAUGGCUCUGGCCAGCGCCUGUCCCCUCGGCAGCUCCAGCUUAGUGUUGGCAAUGUCACUUGUGAACAGCUGCACUUCCAUGCACUGGAUACAUCGGAUUACCUCCGGCCAGUGGCCUUGACUGUGACUUUUGCUCUGGACAACACCACGAAGCCAGGGCCUGUGUUGGCGGAGGGAUCCUCUACGACUCUACGGAAGCUGAUCCCCUUCUCAAAGGACUGUGGCCCUGACAAUGAAUGUAUCACAGACCUGGUGCUUCAAGCUGACAUGGACAUCAGAGGCUCCAGGAAGUCCCCAUUUGUGGUUCAAGGUGGACGACAGAAAGUGCUGGUGUCGGCGACCCUGGAGAACAAGAAGGAGAAUGCCUACAACACUAGCCUGAGUCUCAGCUUUUCUAGAAACCUCCACUUGGCCAGUCUUACUCCUCAGGCCAAAUCAGUGAAGGUGGAGUGCGCAGUUCCUUCCCCCCAUUCCCGGCUCUGCAUCGUGGGGCAUCCGGUCUUCCAGACUGGGGCCAAGGUGAGCUUCCUGUUAGAGUUUGAAUUUAGCUGCACCUUCCUCCUGAGCCAGGUCUUUGUGAGGCUGACUGCCAGUAGCAGCAGCCUAGAGAUGAAUGAGACCCUUCAAGAUAACACAGCUCAGACCUCUGCCUACAUCCAGUACGAACCUCACCUCGUGUUCUCCAGUGAGUCCACUCUGCAUCGGUAUGAGGUUCACCCUUACAGGACUCUCCCAAUGGGUCCUGGUCCCGAAUUCAAGACCACUCUUAGGGUUCAGAACCUUGGUUGCCAUGUGGUCAGUGGUCUCGUCAUCUCCGCCCUCCUUCCAGCUGUAGCCCAUGGGGGUAACUACUUCCUGUCACUAUCUCAAGUCAUCUCUGGCAAUGCAAGCUGCACGGUGCAGAACCUGACUGAGCCCCCGGGAUUCCCUGUGCACCCAGAGGAGCUUCAGCAUACAAGCAGACUGAAUGGGAGUAACAGUCGAUGUCAGGUGGUAAGGUGCCACCUUGGACUGCUGGCAAAGGGGACUGAGAUCUCUGUCAGGCUGCUGAGACUGGUUCACAAUGAAUUCUUCCGGAGGGCCAAGUUCAAGUCUGUGACAGUGGUCAGCACCUUCAAGUUAGGAACUGAGGAGGGCAGUGUCCUACUACUGAACGAAGCCUCCCGCUCGAGUGAGAGUCACUUGGAGGUGAUUCAGACCCUCCCGACCCUCAUCUCCCUGUGGAUCCUCGUUGGCAGUGUCCUGGGGGGGCUGCUCCUGCUUGCUCUCCUUGUCUUCUGCCUGUGGAAGCUUGGCUUCUUUACCCGUAAGAAAAUCCCCAAAGAAGAAGAAAGUGAGGAGAAGUUGGAGCAGUGACUGACUGCAGGAGGCUCAGAAGCCCACUUUGGCAGCCUUUUCAAGAGACUCCGGAUCCAAACUAGGCUUGGAGGCUCAAAGGGGAAAAGAUGCUGCCAGCAUGUGUCUGCAGGCCUGCAGCCUGACUUGACUUUUGAGCCAUGGCGAUGCUUCUGGCAAGAGAUGAAGCUUUGCCUUAGCUGAGAAGGGCUGACACCAAAACACAUAAUAUCCUCACCCUGUGUGUCCCCCUCCCGAAGGCUUCCACAGCCAGCACUGGUUCGUUGUUUUGGACCCUAUCUUCCCCAUUACCAGGAGUCAAAUGAUUUUACUCCCGACUUUCCUUGCAGAUUUCCUCUGUCCCCCCUCUCAAUUCCGAAAAGAAGGUUAUUCUCUGCACCACCACCACCCCCCCUCAACCUCCCCCCCACCCCACCCCGCGCGCGCGCACACACUUUCUCACCUUCCUGGCUGCUCCCCACUCCACAGGAGAGAGCUGACGUUGGCUUAAAAGAAGUAAAAGUCAACAUCUGCUGCUUUCCCGUGGAGUCCUGUGAUUCAUAGAUCCGGGUGGGGAGAGUCAACAGGAAAAAAGGAGGGAGGAGAAAAAGCCACAAGAGACAUUCUGUACAAUUCCAGGGCACAGAGAAGCCUUCAAACCGGCAACUGCCAGCCGGCUGAAACCUGAGACUUCACAGUACUCCGCCCUCAGGUGCUAGGGAAACCCAGCUGCCCCCAGGCUCUCCGGGCUGAGGCAUCCCAACCCUCAUCCUUCUCUGGGAGCAAGGCCAGGACUUGAUGCUAAAUUUUCCGGAGCCAGAGGCCCCCAAGUGGUUCAAGCUGGGAUAGCAGGGGAGCCUGGUGACAAUUUUCUCCAUUUACUCUUUGGGGCUUUCUGAAAGCUUCAUGGUGGAAGAAGCCCUUUCACCAGGUUUGGGUAACAACAGCCCCCUGAGAUAGAUCCAAACAAGCGGGAAUCUGCAUCUGGGAGGAAGCCUACAUGGUUGGCAUCAGGUGUCUGGAGAGUAAACACUUACUUGCCCAGUGUUGGCACUAUAAUGGUGAUAGCCUGGGACGACUAUUCUGAGACUCCUGUCAUGUGCUGUAGGUGUCUCGGCUGCAGUGAGUUUUUCAGCCCUUACUUGAUCACCUUUUCUGGAAAUUGCGUGUUAACUAAACCCUCUCCCUUUUGUCCUAUGUUUUGGUUCAUGGGUAAGUUUAAUUCUCAGAGUAAUGGGAAAACUUGUUGUUUAUUGUAAUUAAGACCUUUGAACAGCAAAGACAGUUUCUGAUCUCCAUAGUUUAGCUCUGACAGAGGCCCUCUUAGACUGUGACAAGAGGAAAUCCCAUUGAGCAGUUGACCAGCAGCCAGAGAACCGGUCUUCCCAGGCUGUUCUGAGUCUGCUUGCAAUGUUUAUUUUGGUGUCUCUGGUCUUCUGCAGAGGGUCCCUCCUGGGGACUGUCAUGGUGAGCAGAUGGUCAGAACAAAUAAAAUCCAGUUAUCAAAUGA